AUGAAGGUCCCACCUCCCACCACAGAGCAGCUGGUGGACAACGUCCUGCGAAAAGCACAGGCUUUGCGAGGCGCUCCAGUUCGAGAGCAAGACCAAGCGAGCAGGACUCAGCCGGCACGAGGCUCGAACAGCACCACGCGUCCGACAGACGGACGUGUCACUGAGCUGGUCUCCAGGGUGCUGGAUGGUGCCGCUCGUUUUGUGCGUGGCACGGGUCUGCUGAGGGGUCGCCGCAAGUCUCGCGACUCGGAGCCUCCCCAGGAGCCAGGCCGAACUGAAGCGCCGCCUACGCCUCCUCCUGGCCCUGGUGCUGGCACUGGCGGAGCCAGGAGCGAUGCUCCAGAUUCGCACCCUCCCGAUGGAGGCAAGAACACCGAAGACAUCUUCUGGAGCGGCGAGAAGGUGCCAGAAACAGCUGGUGUCGAUGCACCGGAUGCGCCCUCGCUGCUAUCUUCGCCAUGGGAGCUUUCUGCCACAGGCGUCCGAUCUCAAGGAUCCGGCAUUGGUGGCCUGUCCCCGGUUCCUUGGCAGGGAGAGCCGUCGCAUGCCCAGGAGCCUUGUGGUGCCUAUCUGCCGGUGGAGUCUUCAAGCUUCCAGUUGGAAGAAGAGGAGGCAAGUGUCAGCCGUCUAUCUCCACGUGAGCCGAGCUCGCUGCAGUCGUCGGCAGCCUGCAGGUUUCAUGUACGCUCUUCAGCAAGAUCACGAGAUGUUCCGGAUGGGCAUGCCAAUGUCUUCGACACAUCGAUCGCAUCGGAGGAGACUGGGACUGGGCAGAGCCGGAGUCCGGUGCACUUCGACCGAAGCGCAGCUGAAAGCCCGAUCAAGGCGCCCGCUGCUCCGCAGCAAACUCUCGCCAAAGACGAGAAGGAAGAGAGGCAGCAGGCCGAAAAAGAGGUGAGAGACUUGAAGGCCACCAUAGCAGAGCUUGAGGAGAGGCUUCAGCAGCAAGAUGAGCAGCUGCAGCUGAACAAGACUCGGCAGCAAGAGCUCUCUGAUGACCUGGAGGAGGCUCGGCGGGCCGCGCAGGAGCACCAGCAAGCAGCGGAGGAGGGACUGCAGGCUCGGCAGCAUAUCGAGAAGGAAGUCGCAUCCCCGCAUCCUUCGUCUUCAAGCGUGCAGCAGGCUCCGUCUCCAGUGCCCGAGUGCGCGAGCUUCUCUCCUCUGCAAGGAGACAUGUCCAAGGAGCCUGUGCACACUUGGCGGCACCCCGCUGGAGAAGUUUUCCUUUCAGCAGUCCAGGCCUGUUUGCCAACCCUUGCCGCAUCACCAGCAUCGACUGCAUCGCGAAGUCCUCCCCAAGGCAGACACGCACAUCGUGGCAUUCUGGCCGUUCCAGAGGAGGCGUACAAGGCAAACCCCUCGCAGCAAGGUGGUAUUCCAGCGCACGAAGCCGAGGUCGGUUACCAGCACGACGACAGGCUGCGUGCGCUGGAGAAGUGCAUGGAGGAAACUCGCCGCCAGCUGGAGGUUUGCUUGGAGACGGCGGCGAGAUCUCGCAGUCCGACGAGCCCUGUCCAGGCGCCAGAAGAGCCCAGGCCAAGCCCUGUCCGCGUUGCUUCCCCCGAGCGCGGACACGCCGAGGCUUCCCCUGCUGGACAUCCAAGCUGGUCUGAAUGCCCGACCAUAGAAGUGCCAGAUGCGCACCUCCAGGCGUGUCUUCUCCUUCGAUCGCGCCUGGCCAACACACUUGACCCGCCGGAGUUGCUGCAGAAGGCGCAGGGCAUGCUGCGGCUGAAGGCGGCCGUCGGUGAGAUCUAUGCAGUGCUCUGCCUUCAAACGAAGGCGAAGUCAUUCCUGGCCCAGUCGAGGGUGGCAGAGCUGGCUCAGAGAAGGAGACCACGCCCACAGACAGCAGGCUCAGGUCGAUCGACGCAACCACGUGGCGUUCCGCUGGCGCUGAACCGCUCGCCACUCCCGCCUUCCGAGGCACUGCGUCGCCGAGCGACUGUGCAGGCCGUUGCAGACCGGGGCAGAGGUGAUGAAGCAGCUACGGGGGUGACAGCCAGGCGACGGUGGAGCUCUUGCCCGCGGCCAGAAAGCGUUCCACCCCUGGCGCUGGAGCUCGUGCAGUUUGGAGAACGACCUGUUCCCCGCGUUUCUCCAGCUCCUCCUGAGGCUGUGGGGCGCAGCGAGAUGCCUCCCUCGGAGGAGGCUGCGGCGGAGACGGGAGCGGAGCCUGCAGUGGAGGCUGCUGCAGCGCGUGGAAGUGCAGUAUUUGCAGCUCGUUCGCUGCUGGAAAACGAUGGGUCUAAGCCCACGCGACCGAUGAGCUCACCGGCCCUCUUGGCUCAGCCGAGAGAGCCGCGAGUGGUCGCCAUCAGGCCGCGUCAGAUCAAGUCAGCGUCGAUGGCGAGGCAAAGUAUGCCUGCCCGGAGCAGGCCCGCGAGUGGCAUCAGCAGGAGUCGCAAAGCCGGUGGAUGGGAAAAGUCUGACAUCGGCAAUUCCCAAGCAGAGCUCUGGCUGAUCAAGCAGCGCACUUUAGCUGGGAUGCUGUGGCCUCCUAUGUCGGAAGCUGCCAGGGGAAGACGACCCGGAGCAGGAUGUGCCCGACCCUUGAGAAAAGCAAUUUCUGACCAGCAAGGCUGUGGCUGCAAGCCAGAAGAAGUCCAGCCCCUGGCGCUAAAGUUCGCGAUGGCAGAGGCUGAAAUCCUCCGCGAAGGUGAAGCAUCCUGA